AUGUCUUCCAUGCGAAAUGCGGUUCAACGCCGCAAUCACAAAGAGCGUGCCCAGCUCGAGGGCCGUGAGAAAUGGGGUAUUCUCGAAAAGCACAAGGAUUACUCGCUCCGUGCCAAAGACUACAAUGCCAAGAAGGCAAAGCUCAAGCGUCUCGAAGAGAAGGCGCGCGACCGCAACCCCGAUGAAUUUCAUUUUGGUAUGAUGGGUGGUCAGAACCGGGCACAAGGAAAACACGGCCGAGGUGGCGUGGGUCGAGCAUCAGCUGCGGGAUUGAGCCACGACGCUAUCAAGCUACUCAAGACUCAAGACCAAGGAUAUCUGCGAACAGCCGGCGAACGGAUACGUCGACAGAUUGAGACUCUUCAACGCGAUAUUGAUUUGCAGAAUGGUAUGAAGGUGGCACUGGGCGAGAAGGUUCCAGAGAAGAAGAAACAAACUAAAUCUGCCGACGAUUCCGAUUCUGAUUUCGAUGGGUUCGACGACCUGGACGACCUUGCCUUCGAUGAACCUGAGGAGCCAAAAUCACGCAAGGUAGUCUUUGCCGACGACCGCAGUGGCCAACAAUCUUUGAAGACAAGCCAGAACCAAAGCAAAGAAAAAGAUACCAAGGAAGAAAGCGAUGAUGAAACGCCGUCUCGGAAGACUCCCAAGCAGCUUGUUGCUGAGCGAAAAGCGCUGGUUGAAGCUCGUCGGGCCCGUAAGAUCAGAAAGCGGGCAACGGCGACCCGAGAGAGCAAGCUUGCUGCUUUACAGAAACAGUACGAGGCGAUUCAAUCCGCGGAGCGUGAGGUUGAGUGGCAGCGAGGCAAGAUGGACAACUCUGUCGGUGGCACCAACAAGAAGGGACUCAAGUGGAAGAUUCGGGAGCGCAAGCGCUAA